CAGCAUUUGCAAGAUGAGCGACAUUCCCACCCACAAAGAGCACAAGGAAUCGCUCAAAAGAGCAGCAGAAGAAGCAGGGACCUUGCAACGCGAUGAGGAGGGGCGCAAGAAAGCCCGCGCCAAGUCUCCCCGAGAUGAGUUUGAGAAAAUCAAGCUCAGCCUUUUACAACAAGGCCUUGCUGUUCAUGACAAGGUUGCGUCGGCGCAGGACAAGUUGGCGGAGGCUAACUUGCUCUAUGCACAAGCGGCCACUUGAGGAGGACAGUGCAUCGUCCUCGGACAGUGAAGAGCAAGAAAACGUGUCCUCUGAGAAGCGAAAGGACUCACUGAGCAAAUCUGAAGAAGCUCAUCCUCUCAAAAACGAUCUCGGACUGGUUAGUUUAGUCUGUUGGGGUUUCUGUAAAACAAUGAUAAAUCAAGUUAGCCCGCACAUUUCGAUUGGAAGCGACCGACAGCUUUGGUCCAUUUCUUUCAUACUAGAAUAGCAAAUAUUGCGGGGUUCCUGCAUAUACAGAAAUUAUUAUCCAAUGCAUAGAAAAUACUGCAACCAGUUUACUGUAGA